GUUGGAUUCAUAGUGGAUUCAUACGCUUGAAAACUCGAUGUUAGCGGUCGUAUCUUUCCAUUCACUUAUAAUAUUUUAAAAGGGAGAAAUGCAAAGUGCUUCGGAUAUUAUAUCGUCAUUAUUGUGGUUCAAAGACGAUAAUUAUGUGGAUGAUGAAAAUGAUUCUCAAAUAAUAGAGCAGUUUGUGCAAAAUGUUGAAGAUUUUAGUUCACAGUACGGGAGCGAAAUCAGUGUUUCCUAUACUGCAUUCAAUCUUCGUGGACCACCUUCCAACUUUCCCGAUUAUGGGGACUAUCCCCAAGCAUUUGUAAUGAGAACUUAUGGAACAUGGUGGGAAGAGGCGCCCUCAGUACAAGAGGAUUAUAUGCCGCAAAAUACGAAUAGUAUUCCCAGCCAGGAUUACGUAGAAGUGUCAUUUGAGAGAUCAGUGUAUCCCCUUGAGGUAGCUGUUUUUGAGACAUACAAUCCAGGUGCUUUAGUAAGAAUUUGGGCUUAUGGACCCACAUCAUGGAUAUUACUAUGGGAAGGGGAGCCAGAGUAUGCAGGUGACACUCCUAGGAUAUUUAGUCCACCAAUACGGCAGAUUAAUUAUCCUACUAGAAUCUUACGGCUAGAAUUCAAUCACAGUUUGCUCCCCUACUACACAGAGCUUGAUGCUAUAUUAUUAAGAGGCAGAGAGCCACCCAGUGUAAUGAAAAUUAAAAAUAAUUUUGCAUACUCAACUCUAUUUUAUAAGAAGACUCAGCCAGAAAAAGGCAUGCUCUUGAACAAAGUAAUAGCAUCAAAUCUUCAUGAAAAUGUACUGCCACCAACUUUAAUUUCAAAUAGUGAAAAACUUAUAGACUCCGGACCACCCUUAGGAGACUUUCAACAACUGCCGGACGAAACGAUUCUAUCCGUGAUGAAGUAUUUGGAUAUGCAGUCGCUAUGCCGCUGCGCUCAGGUCAACAGACACUUCCGUAGAUUGGCAUCAGACGCUAUUCUCUACCGCAGUAUAGACCUCAGGCCUUAUUGGCACUGCGUCAGGUCACAGGUCCUGAUGACGCUGGCGAAGCGAUGCAAGUUCCUGCAGAAACUUGACCUCUCGUGGUGCGGAAGUCAUUGCAUGAUACAAUCGCAUUAUGUUGUGAAUUUCCUCAAAGACAGUGGAGCCGAAUUAACACACCUGCGUAUGAAUUGCUGUAAAUUCGUUGACAACUCUGUGCUAAGAGCCAUCGUUGACACGUCGGCUAAUUUGCAAGAAUUAUGCCUCCGUUCGGUGCUCGCUUGUUCCGACUGGGUGUGUCUCUCUGCUUUGACCAAAUUGAAAAGGCUCGACCUUUAUAGGACUCAUAUUACAACUACCGCUGCAGUUGCUAUCAUCAAAUCGAACCCGGGACUGCAACAUCUUAAUGUUGGAUCAUGCAAAAUGAUAUCCGGUAUGGACGAAGUGGCUAUAGCGCUGGGCACGAACUGUCCAGACCUAAUGUCCGUGGACUUCUGGAAGUCGUAUUCGUUGACUGCGGUGGGCAUACGAGCGUUGGGCAACUGUAGGAAAUUGCAGGAGUUGGAUGUUGGAUGGUGUCUGCAAGCGGGCGGUUCCGGUGAGUGGCUUGCAGCGCUAUCUGGCGGGGAACUACGCAAGCUGUUUCUAGGCGCUCUACGCGGUGUGUGUGACCGCGACCUGCGCGUGCUGCUGCCGCGCGCUACCAAGCUGGCGCAGCUCGACCUGCUCGGCGUGCGGGCUGUGUCGCCCGACAUAUGUGCCGAUAUAUUGGCUGAGUGCAGAGAGCUGCGGCUUCUCGAUGUCAGCUUCUGUGAUCAGAUUCAAGAAGCUCAGGUACUCGAAUGGCGUCGCCAAUACCCUCACGUUAGUAUUAAAAGGUCAUUCCAAUCGGCCAAUCUAAGUGCAGCUCCGAAUCCACUGUUCCUUGCGCCGAGCCUAGAAUAAUUUAAAUAUUGAAUUUUUUUUCUUUGCCAGAUUCUAUGUGGCAUUUUUAAUUUGUUUUGUUUUUUUAUUGAGAGAUGUAUUUUUUGUUGUAUUUAUGACUAAUUAAUUCUGGAAAGAAAACGCGCAAAGAGCAUUGUUAAAAAUGUUCAAUGCCAGUAUGUUAAUGUAUACAAUUUUGACAUUUGGAUAAACGUUUUAAAAUGCAUAUGCAUGCAUUAGUUACUAUAAAAUACUGGCAAAAGGACCAUUUUUUGGCCAUUAUAUAUUUUUGUUAGAUAUUUGGCUUCAGUAUCCAUAUAAUACCUUGGAUGAACGCAACAUCUCAUUUCUUAAACGAUAGUUCACAUAACAAGUAAUGAUAAACAUGGAGAAAGAGCAAAAGUUCUAAAACAAAAGCUUUAAUCUGUAGUAUUCGAAUACGUCAGAAUAAUAAGACUGAUUGAAAACAUUUCAAAAUUAAAGAGAAUCUCAUGAUCCUACAUACAAAAAAAAAACAUUAGAUUAUAUUUAAAAAUGUUUAGAAGCAAACCAAAACGUUAAGUAGGUAAAACUCUUGCUUUUUAUUUUAAAUUUAUUAUUAUUAAGCUAUUUCAUAGCUUCUACCGCGGGCCUUGAGCGCGUGGACCGAAUCGAGAAAUUCCGUAAC